CGUUUGAUCUGCCUUUCAAGGCUAGGUCCGAGGCGGUUUUCUUCCAAUUAUAUGUCGCAUUUGGUUUCUGGGAAAAUUACAAAUUUGCCUGGAAAUGGUAUGGAAAUGUUAUAGGUGGAAUUUGCUACUAUCAACCUCGAAUCAACUCUUUAUCACCACACCGCCCCUCCUUCUGCCACUUCGCUUCCUCUCAACAGCCACGGUAUGCGUAACUAAUCAAACUCCGCAGAAAAUUUUCCGGGGAAAUCAAGAUAAUCCCGAGAAAAAUAAGCGCUUUUUCACUCAUCAGACCGUACAUUCCACCUUACUGGACUGUCCUUCUGAUUUGAUUGCAUUGAGCUUCUUUUUAUGGUUUGCUAAGCAACCCAACUACUUCCACAACACGACGGCGUUUGACCACAUGGUUAGUGUGGUUAAGCGCCUUAUGGAACAGUAUAAAACGGUCGGGGGGGUUGUUAGGGGACUAGAGUGUGUUGGGUGUGUUACGAAGGCACGAACGUUUUUGCUUUUAUUGAGGAUUUAUUGGCGUGGAGGAAUGUAUGACAUGGUUUUUGAGGCUUUUGAGGAAAUGCGUAGAUAUGGCUUUGAGCCCAAUACGUUUGCGCGUAAUGUGAUUAUGGAUGUAUUGUUUAAGAUUGGGCGUGCCGAUGUAGCUAUUAAGGUUUUGAAGGAGACCCAGCUGCAGAAUUUUUUGACAUUUAAUAUUGCAUUGUGUAAUUUGUGUAAGUUGAAUGAUUUGGUUCGAAUUCGGGAGGUUUUCAGGAUGAUGUUGGGAAAGGGCUAUCAUCUGAAUGCCGAGACAUUUGAGAUGCUGUUGAAUUGUUUUUGCAAGAUGAGUAAGCUAGUUGAGGCAUAUCAGGUUCUGGGUCGAAUGAUUACUUUGGGAAUUCCUAUUCAUGUGAAUGUGUGGAGUAUAUUGGUCAAUGGGUUUUGUCGGCUGCGCAAAUUUGAUAUUGCGUGUGAUUUAGUGGAGAAGAUGGUUAGGACUGGUUGUUUUCCCAACGUUGUAACGUAUACAACUUUAAUUAAGGGAUUCAUGGAAUCAAAAAUGGUUGAUGAUGCGAUCCAGAUUUUAAAUAUCAUGGAAUCUAGAGGCCAUGCCCCUGACUUGGUUCUAUGUAAUGUAUUAAUAGAUAGUCUCUCCAAGGUUGGGAGGUAUGAUGAUGCACUUGAUGUUUUUGUAAGCUUACAAACACAAAAUAUGGCACCUGAUUCUUAUACGCUCUGUUCUUUGUUAACUACUAUAUGUUUGUCUAGGAGGUUUUCUCUCUUACCCAAGUUAGUCCUUGGAAUUGUUGUAGAAGCAGACCUAGUGGUCUGUAAUGCACUUCUAAAUAUUUUUGGAAAGGCUGGCUUUCCAUAUCUUUCUGUGGAGUUAUAUAAUGAUAUGUUGGGUAGUGGUUUUACACCAGAUAAGUAUAGUUUUGUUGGAUUACUAAGUGGAUUAUGUGAAGCCAGAAGAAUUGAUGAAGCAGUUAAUGCGUACCAUGGGAUCCUCAUGAAUUAUCCUGGUCAGGAUGCUCACAUCCAUACUGUAAUUAUAGAUGGGCUUAUAAAGGUUGGUAAAUUUUAUAGAGCCAUAAGGCUAUUUAGGAAAGCCAUUGCUGAGAAGUAUCCACUUGAUGUUGUAUCAUACACUGUUGCCUUCCGUGGACUUCUUAAGAGUGGUAGAACUGGAGAGGCUUGUACCUUGUAUAACCAGAUGAAGGAGGCCGGUAUAUCUCCCAAUGCACAUAUGUAUAAUGUAAUGCUCUCUCUUUUUUGUAGACAAAGAGAUCUGAAAAUGGUGAUACAGUUGCUACAAGAGAUGAUUGGUGCAAGAAUAGAACUGAGCUGCAAUACUUCCUUCAGGUUAUGUAAUUUUCUUUGUAGAUCAUGCGAUUCGAGUUCAGCUGUUACUCUGUUAACUGAGAUGAGAGAUUUGGGGUUGAUACCUGAUGAGGCAAUGUGUGCUCUAUUAUCCAAUCGACAUGUCCAACAUCUAAAAGUAGAUGGUAAGCGCUAUUCUUUGUUAAAAGGUUAUUUGGAAAAUGAUCUGCUUGUAGACACAUAUGGCUCUGAAGACCUUUCUGAUGUGGCUGCCUCAGUGGUUUGAGAUUCAUCUAUUCUUUUCUCUAUAAUUCAAAGAUUCAUCUGAUGUUUCUCAGGCAUCCUGAAGAUGGAUGCUGCUAUUGGAGGAUAAGUUUGCAGGAGUUCCUGAGAUAUAUGUUUUUGGCACCAACCUAAUGGAGAUGCUUAUGUGCUUAAGUGCUUCAGUUAUGGUGUUGGAAGAGACCCCUCAAGUGCUGCAUAGUUUGAGUUAAAUAAUUGAAGAAUGGUUUCCAGGGUUCAGAAAGACUUGCUCACCAAUGUCUACAGUUGUGACCAGAGUUCACCAUCAACAUACAUGUACAGCGACAUGGAAAUGGAGUUCGAUCUUGUGGAUAAUUUUUUGUUGAGUUUCAGCGUAGCGUCAAACAUUUAAGUGUUCUUGGGGAGGAGUUGCUAAUUUUAGCUUCAAUGGAGUAUGUUUCCACUAGAAACGAUUUUUUUUAGUUUCUUGUCGGAAUUGUGAGUUAGUUUACUAUUUGAUGGUGUUAGGUUUUGAAUUGCCAAAUUCAGUGACAAAAUAGGUUCGUUUGCCAAUAAGCGUAUGGACGAGAUGGUUAUAAUUGAGUCAUCGAGACACUUGCCAACAAUUACGUUUGCAGCACGUUCGGACGAGGUACAAAUUCCAGAUUUACAAAGACGCUCGUCGGAACGAGAUGGUAUAUAUAUUAGGGUUGGCAAUUUUGACACGACCCGUGAACCCGACACAAAAAAACAGGUAUUGGGUUUGGCCUUAUCGGAUUCGGGUCUUAAUCGGGUCUACCUGUUUAAGACUUGACUAAUUUCGUGUUUGGCGGGUCGACCCACCAGACCCGGUUACUG